AUGCCCAACCAGACACAACGCGAAACGCCAGCAACUGAAGCAGCGCUAGGCCAAGGCCAAGUCGCUUCCACGGACCACAUCAUAACCAUAAGCACUGCCAGCAUUACGGAAGCGUACACCGACGACGACACCGAGCAGCUGAAGCAACAACGUCUUCUGAAGCAGCCAACCCAGCUGCCCCAUAACGUUGUCUCACCCACAGAGAUUGCAGCACCCACUCCAUUGCCAGCUUCAGGUGCCGCCUCCACUCCAGCGACCAGCAAAGCGAAGAAAAAACUGCGAGCUCUCUGUCAACUGUCACAGCUGGUCUCCUUUCAGAACAACAUUGCCGAUGUGCAUCAUCGUCGGGGCCGUCGUUUACAUGGAUUGCAGUUGCCGCUGCAUCCAUUGCAGCUCUUUGGCUGGCUGGUCUUAGUGCUGUUUGGUUUGGCCAGCUAUUUGGUGCUGAUUCCGGCCUUCAGUGUGCCAUUUCAGGGCCCAUUAUAUGGUCUCAUCACAGGUCUAUAUAUUGUGCACAUUGCCUCACAUUUGGCCGCACUGCUCACAGAUCCGGCGGAUAAGGAGCUGCGUCGUGUGCAUCGAAACGAUCGCAUUGUGCCCGAAUUCGAUCGCACCAAGCAUGCACAUGUGAUUGAGAACGGACGCUGUCAUUUAUGCAACAUACGAACCUCCUCGCCUCGCACCAAACACUGCUCUGUGUGCAACAAGUGCGUGGGAAAAUUUGAUCAUCAUUGCAAGUGGCUGAAUCAUUGCAUUGGCUCCCGAAACUAUGUGGCCUUUCUGAUGUGUGUGGUCAGUGCGGUGGUGGCCACUUUGGUCAUUGUGGCGGCUGUGAUUGCCCAGAUUGUGCUCUACUACUUCCAGCCAGAGUGGUUGAGCUUCUACUGGUGUAAGACAACGUCAUCGCAUGCAGUCUUUAAUGGCACUGAUUUCAUUAAUCUAACCCUAAGCAUGGGCAAUGGUACACUUAUGCUCCUGGAGGAUCAAGAGCAGACCGAGGGAGCGAAAGAAGAUCUCUAUACUCAGUUGGAAAACGUAACGCUGCCAACACUAAUGCAAAAUCUAAGCACAAUGCUGGAGGUAACCCUUAGUCCAGAGCUGACUACAAGCGGAACCAUUCCUACGAUGCUGGAGGAGAGCAAUCAUACAGCGUCCACGCCCACUGUGGCAGGAAUAGGCGUCAAUGAAACUAUAUUCCUAGUACUGAUUGGUAUUCUCGGCCUGUUGGCGGCCAUUAGUGCGGGUCUGCUGUUACAUUUGUGUUUCUUUCACAUCUAUAUAUCAUUCUUGGGACUUACCACUUACGAAUAUAUACGCAAUCAUCGACAGGCCCAGGAGGCCAAGGCCAAACACCUGUUGAGCACAAACGCUGCCACAAUGCUGCCCAAAAAUGGUGUCCAUUUCUCGCCCACACAACAACAGCCACACAACAAUCCGUCCAGGCAUAAUGGUAGCGAGUGUGGUCAAAUCUUUUGCUGCUCCAGUGUGCGACAUCCCAAUGCAUUGGCCCACGAAACAGACUACUUUGAGGCGCGCAAGCUUCAACAGACUGAGGAGCAAUUAAAAUUGCAUUGCUGCGCCAAUUCACGAGAAUUUCAUCAGCGUGCCCACAAAGCCUACUACGUGUGCUCGCUGCUAGAUGAGCACAGCGUGAGUCCCUACGAUGAGUCCCCAAAUCUGGAUCAGUCGCGCUUGCAGACCUUUCACUGCUGCUCCAGCUUUGCGGCCGGAUCUCUGCAACGACGCGUCAGCGCAGCCACAAGCAAGGCGACUCUGGUUAGCGAUGUUGAGGCAGCUGCCGCCGCCGCUAGUCUCAGUGUAUCGGCACGUGGACGUCCCUAUCUGCAAUAUACGGAGCAGUGCACUUUUUGUACCUUCCGUAUUCGCAGUCCGUUGGUGACGAAGCGCACGGGUGGCAGCCACAGUGGCAGUCACAUUAGCAAUAGCACUAGAAUACUGGCCACCCACAGCCAGCCCUCCAUGCUGCUUCGGCACUCGGCCGAGGGCAGUUCCAGCACAGAUACAGUCGCGAGCACCGCCACCACAGUCACCAGCGCCGGCGGUGGAGUGCAACGAGAGCGCGAACAUCAGCGCUGCUGCAUGAAAUCUAUCUCGAAGCAUCAGCGCUGGCGACGAAAAUGGAAUUGCUGCACCAGCGUACCCGACAGUCCCGAUGUGCCCAACGAUCUCAUUGCGGCACUGGCCUAUCGCCAUCAACAGCAACAGCAACAGGAGCAACUGGCGGAUACGUCCAAUAAAAUCAAUGCUGCCGAGCUGCCGGUGCAGUUCAUACGCACACUAAAUGGCGACGCCGCUGCCGCCAACGCCGCCGGCACUGCAUCCGCCGGAACUAUAAAAUCACAGUCCAGCAGCUCGAAUUCUCGCACCUGGCCGGUGGCACGACUGCGCCAUAUGAUGCGCAUGCUGGGACGCUAUCGACGCCCGCGUUGUCGCCAUCAUCAUGGGCAUGUGGCGGCCGCCGAGCAACACCAUCCGUACCUCCCGAACCACCCGCCCCACCACACGUCCGUCAAACAGAAUCAGAUACGUCCGCUUCAACUGCAGGGCCGAGGCGUCGCCAAUGGUGGCAACUCCGGCGGCUACUAUGACAGCAGCACGCCACAGCCGCCUAGCUCCUGUACGCCUACAGCUUCAGAACUGAGCAGCGAAAUGGAGCAUAGCACUAGCGAUGGUUCGCUGACAUCAGCGCAUAAUAACGAACUACUCAUCCUGCCAACAUCCGUGAUACGCGACGAUAGUGUAACCACAUAUACGUUGACGUUGCCACCGGCCUUGCCGCCACCCACGCGCCGCAAAAUGCCCAAUCCCACUGAUCUGAAGGAAUUGGCCGAAACUCUGGGCUUUGCCUCUCCUCCGUCCGGCCCGUACACACCGAACAGCUGCAGUGGAGCGCAGCAGCAGCGUCUCCCUGUUUUGGGCAAUGUCUACAGACGACAGCGACGUAAGCACUUCCUGCGCACUCGAUCGCCCACUUUGUCGCCCAUACAUGAAUCCGGCCUCUCGAAUCCGACCUCGCCACAGCCCUGUCGCCACAGCAUCAACAGCAACAAUAACAACGGCAGCUCCAAUUGCUCGCCCAACGUGGCACGCUCCUCGGUCCUGGUGCAGAAUCUUUGUGGCAUCGCUGGCGAGACACUCCGCAAGGCCGCCUCCAAUAGCUCGCUACAGAGCGUCAGCUCCAACUCGAGCAGCACGUAGUAGCAUAUUGUGGUUUUUCUCUAGUAUUAAGGAAAGGGUUGUUGAUAUCUACAAUAAUUUUGUUAUUGAAAU